AUGGCAAGGGGACAAAAGAAGGAAAAAACAAGACAGAAAAACAUGAAAAAAUCCCAGGAAAUUAGCAAGGGUAAAAGAAAAGAGGAUAGGACAACUACCUCUCAGAGAGAGCAGAGGAACUCCGAGAUAAUGCAACAAAAGCAGAAGGCAGCUAAUGAGAAGUCUCUGCAGACAAGAGAAGAAUGA